ACGAAAAAAAGAAUAAUUUUAGUAAAUAAAAAAGUCUUUUAGCGCCUUUGGGCUAGUCAACUGCAAAAACCCUACACAAGAAUCUGUUUCCCACCACAUGAGCUCGCUGGGUCUCCCGCCAUUGAAGGGUAUCUGUCAGUCUGCCACCCAUUAACAUGGAGCUUGGAACUAGUUUUUUCAAAGCUACAAAUGUUAACCAAACGCUGUCUUCUUACGCUGUCCCCAGCAGCCAACAGUUUAUUAAUGUUUCAAGUCCUUCCCUCUAUCGCGCUAAACUUUCGCUCCCCACUAGGAAAGACUGCUGCUGUAGGGCAGCCGUUACAGGGAUUAUUAGUUCCUUAAUAAUUUCAGAAAAGGCCAAAAGGAUGUCUUCAGAUCUCUCUCGUGAUCUGGAACUCUCAAGUUUAUCUGCUCCGUGCCCAUUGGAUGGUCGUUAUUGGGGUAAAGUCAAGGAAUUAGCUCCAUAUAUGAGCGAAUACGGCUUAAUUCGAUUCAGAGUUUUGGUUGAGAUUAAAUGGUUGUUGAAGCUUUCCCAAAUCCCUCAAGUCAUUGAAGUUCCAUGCUUCUCUGAAGGAGCUCAGUCUUUUCUGCAAAACUUGAUUAAUGAAUUUAGCUUGGAUGAUGCACUGGAAGUUAAGAAAAUUGAGAAAGUCACAAAUCAUGAUGUGAAAGCAGUGGAGUACUUCCUGAAACAAAGAUGCCAAUCACAUCCAGAGAUAGUCAAGGUGCUUGAGUUUUUCCACUUUGCUUGUACAUCUGAGGACAUCAACAACCUUGCCCAUGCACUUAUGAUGAAAGAAGCUUUGAGCAAGGUCACCCUGCCUGUAAUGGAUGAACUAAUUGCUGCAAUCUGUAACGUGGCUACAACAAAUUCUUCUGUCCCCAUGCUUUCUCGCACCCAUGGACAGCCAGCUUCACCCACCACACUCGGAAAGGAAAUGGCAAUUUUUGCUUACCGAUUAAGUAGGGAAAGGCAAGAUAUCUCUCAAAUUGAGAUGCUGGGGAAGUUUGCAGGUGCAGUUGGAAACUACAAUGCUCACGUAGCUGCAUAUCCUGAAAUAAAGUGGCCCCAAAUUGCAGAGGAGCUUGUGAUGUCUCUUGGACUGAAAUUCAAUCCCUACGUUCCACAGGUAUCUCACGACUACAUGGCAAAACUUUUUCAUUCAAUUAUCCAGUUCAACAGCAUUUUGACUGAUUUUAAUAGAGAUGUAUGGGGAUAUAUAUCUCUGGGUUACUUCAAACAGAUAACCAAAGCCGGGGAAAUUGGGUCUUCAACAAUGCCCCACAAAGUUAACCCCAUUGACUUUGAAAAUAGUGAAGGCAAUCUCGGAGUAGCCAAUGGAGACCUAUCUCAUCUAAGCACUAAGCUACCUAUUUCAGGCUGGCAGCGGGACUUAACAGAUUCAACUGUUCUGAGAAAUAUGGGAGUGGGGCUAGGACAAUCUCUUCUUGCUUACAAAAGUGCAUUGCAAGGAAUUGCAAAGCUUCAGGUUAAUGAAGCUGCCCUGGCUGAAGACUUAAAUAACUCGUGGGAGGUCCUUGCUGAACCAAUACAAACAGUGAUGCGCAGGUAUGGUGUGCCAGAGCCGUAUGAGAAACUGAAGGAAUUAACCCGAGGGAGAGCAGUGACCAAAGAAAGCAUUACAGAGUUCAUAGAAAAGUUGGACAUUCCAAUUGAUGCAAAGACAGCUCUCUUGAACUUGACACCUCAUACUAACAUUGGAGUAGCUGCUGAUUUGGCAAAGAACAUAAACAAAGCGAUAAAUAUGGUUAACAGGAAAUAAAAGUCGGAUACUUCUGUAGUGAAUUUUUUUGAUUUGCUUGGAAUGUCCAUUGAAGCAUGUGAAUGAGCAGAUGUGGUAUCAUGUUGGAUGUCAUAGAGAUGAGCAAAUCAACACAACACAUUGUCAAUCGUUGGAGGUUAUCAAUCUGGAUAUGAGAAUGCAUCAUAAUCUUGAAAAUCCAACUGGAUCGGUAACUAAUUCUUUACGUUAAUACGAAUCUGUUAUACUAUUUGGCUCCCAAUCUAUGUUAUUUGACCAUGUGAAAGGGACUGUCUAUAUGAGAUUGUGAUUUAGGUUUUGAUGCAGAGUUUCUAGUGUAAAGAAUUUUGGGAUGCUAGAUAGAAGAAAUGUUGAAAGACUCAGUGACAGAGGCGGACCUAUACAGGGGCUUGAGGGGUCACGGAACCGUUUGCCUUGGCAAAAAUCCUGUAUAUAUAUUUAAUAUAUAGCUGUAUAUACUAUGGGGACCCUUAAAUAUUUUUCUUGGCCCCCUCAAUAACUAAAGGCGGGCUGGAGCGAUGGUCUGUGUGUUGUGUGAGUUCCGUCUCUUAGUUGGCUAACAACCUGGGUUCAAAACUAACCAUCAGCAAACUCCUUUUUUAGUUGUUUUACUUUUUGGUUUGCUUUUUCUGACGGGAAAUAUGUACUAGUACUACUGUACAACAGUACUAUUUAAUAGUUGACUGAUUUAUAUUUUUUAUUU